AAGGAGACAUUCAAACUCAAGAAACCACCCUUGUGGAAACCCACUCAUACCUACUAGUGAAACCCCAAUCCUUCCUCUGACACCAUGGUCAGCUCCUGUUGUGGCUCCGUCUGCUCUGACCAGGGCUGUGGCUCCAGCUGCUGCCAGCCUUGCUGCCGCCCCACCUGCUGCCAGACCACCUGCUGCAGGACCACCUGCUGCCGGCCCACCUGCUGUGUGUCCAGCUGCUGCCGCCCCUCCUGCUGUGGCUCCAGCUGCUGUGGCUCUAAUUGCUGUGGCUCCAGCUGCUGCAGGCCCAGCUGCUGCAUCUCUAGCUGCUGCCGCCCCUCCUGCUGCCAGACCACCUGCUGCCGCCCCAGCUGCUGUGGCUCCAGCUGCUGUGGCUCCAGCUGCUGUGGCUCCAGCUGCUGCCGCCCCUCCUGCUGCAUUUCUAGCUGCUGCCGCCCCUCUUGCUGUGGUUCCAACUGCUGUGGUUCCAGCUGCUGUGGCUCCAGCUGCUGCCGCCCCUCCUGCUGCCCCUCCUGCUGCCUGCGCCCAGUCUGUGGCCGGGUCUCCUGCCACACCACUUGCUAUCGCCCCACCUGUGUCAUCUCCACCUGCCCCCGCCCCAUGUGCUGUGCCUCCUCUUGCUGCUGAGCCCCCUGCCCUGUGACCACUAUCUCCAUUCACUUCUGCCCCCUCAGAUAUAGACUCUUUGGUGCUGUUGGACACAUGGAAUCUGACUGACAUCAUUCAACAGGUUGAG